AUGGGGAGUAGUAGCAAAAAGGCGCUGGGGACGACAGGGGAGUUCUUCAGGAGGAGGGACGAGUGGAGGAAGCACCCGAUGCUGACGAAUCAGCUCCGCCACGCCACUCCCGGCCUCGGCAUCGCUCUGGUGGCCUUCGGCGUCUACCUCGUCGGCGAGCAAGUCUACAACCGCGUCAUUUCUCCUUCUGCUGCUUCCUCAUCUCACGCUCAUUCUCACUCUCAUUCCGCCUCUACCACCUCUGCUACUCACUGA